GAGGAGUUGUGGUGUUGGUCUGCAGCUCAGAUCAGAUUUUCACACAAAAGCCUGAAGCUGCUGAGAGAGAGACGACCAACCGCCUGUCUGUCUGUCUGUCUGUCUGGACUGAGAGAAGAAAAGUCUGAGGAGGAGAAGAACUCAUGAGAACUGAAGUUGAAGCCUCCUCUGAGCUGCAGCUGAGUCUGCACAUUCUGGCCUGUCGGGUCUGGAUCCAGUCCUGGUUCCUGGUCUGAUGUGGGAUCAGUGUGAACAGCAGCAGAGCCGUUGAGCGGCAGCAGCAGCUGAUCUGGAUUUUAUCGAUCAAUGAUCACAUGAACUGGACUCAGCUGGACCCGGAGAUGAAGAGGACAGAGAGAGAUGCAUGAUGGGAGGGAGAGAGAGGAGGGGGGGGGGGGGUGAAGGCGCCGACUGGACGGGUUCUGACCCGCUCGUGAACUCUCUAUAAACAGGAAGUGACUUAUUUCACGCACAAACCUUCAAAAUAAGAGUUUUGUUUCUUGUCUGUGACGCUCAGAAACAUGAAGAGGAAGUGACACACGUACCUGUGCAGGUGUCGGGAUGCAGCUGAACCGACCUCGCAGCGCCCUGCUCGGGUUCAGCCCCCCUCCUCCUCCUUCUCCCUCCUUCUCCAGUCAGUUCAACACCAUGAGGUUCUCCUAUCACCUGAGUACCACCUCAACACUUCACAGCAGAGCCACCUGCAGGACAGGUGCCCCCUCCUCCCCCAGCUGUCUGACUAAGAGCCUCUCUCUGGAGCCGCCCUGCUCACCGUGCAGCCACCAGGGGGCACUGGAGGCCGACGCUCCCCAACAGUCGAGCUCCGACCCGGGGCCCAGCUCCUCCCCCUCAGGCCCCGCCUCCCUAACAGAGCUCCGCAGCUCUGCUAAUGGGCUGCUGCUCGUUAACGACACAGGGCCAACGGUAACACCACCGAGCAAGAGCCGGCCGCCACUGCCCGGGCCGAAGCCUCAGGUUCCCCCAAAGCCCCCCCACCUCCAGCAGCAGGCGGGGGUGUCAAGGCCACGCCCCCGGGUUCCAGAGAAGCCCCUCCCCCCUCCGCCACCCUGCAGGCCCCUCCCGGCAGACCCGCGGGGGGGUCGGACUCCACCCACCCGUGCCGAUGGCACUGCCUCCCCGACCUGCGUCCUGUCGCUCAUCGAGAAGUUCGAGCGCGAGCAGAUCAUCGUGGUUCCUGACAUCACCGGGGGCGCUCUGUGUUCCCGCCUCCUUGACUCGGCCUCCUCCCGGCCUUCAUCACCACCAUCAUCCCCUCCUCCGCCCUCUGAGCAGCCGCCCUCUGAGCUCAAAGGUCAUGAUGACAUCACACCAGGGGGUGAGGGAGAGGAGGGAGACGACGACCAUGACGACCAUGGUGACCAUGACGACCACGAUGAUGAUGACGAUGAUGAUGAAGAUGAAGAGCUGGCGGCGGCGUGUCGUGACGACCUCCAUGAGAAGCGUCUCUCCAUGGAAUCGGGUUACAGCGCCUCAGAGAAACACCUGGAGGACGACGUGGUUGCUGUGGAGAUGAGAGAGCAACAGCAGCAGCUGCCGCCACCCCUCGACCAAUCAGAACUCCCCUCUGAGCGGCUGUCCCUCCCCUCCUCGCAGACGGACGGUAAGCUGGCCAAUCGAGACAGCGGCAUCGACAGCAUCAGCUCGCCGUCGCACAGUGAGGAGCUCUGCUUCGCUGGCGUGGAUGACGGGGGCGUGGCUUACCCCUGCAGCCCCGCCCUCCUCCCUCGCCUUUCCAGCUCGUCGUCGUACGGGGGGGAGGGGGAGGAGGGGGGUGGAGCCAGGAGGAGGAGGAGGGAGUUCUCUGAGGAGGGGGACAGUGAUCUCGACGAGGAGGAGGCUGAGCUAACGCUGGUGCUGCCGCCACCGAAGACAGACAGACAGGACUCUGCUGAGCUGUCUGUCCAGCAGAGAGUCUACAACAUCGCCAACGAGUUGCUGCACACAGAGACCGCCUACGUCUCCAAGCUCCACCUCCUGGACCAGGUGUUUUGUGCCCGGCUCCUGGAGGAGGCCCGGACUCGAUCCUCCUUCCCCUGUGACGUGGUCCAAGGAGUCUUCUCCAACAUCUGCUCCAUCUACUGCUUCCACCAACAGUUCCUGCUGCCGGCGCUGCAGAAACGCAUGGACGAGUGGGACUCGAACCCACGGAUUGGGGACAUCCUACAGAAGCUGGCUCCAUUCCUGAAGAUGUACGGGGAGUAUGUGAAGAACUUCGACAGAGCCAUGGAGCUGGUGAACACCUGGAUGGAGAGAUCAGCUCAGUUCAAGACCAUUAUCCAGGAGAUCCAGAGGGAGGAGCGCUGUAGGAACCUGACCCUGCAGCACCACAUGUUGGAGCCGGUUCAGAGGAUUCCUCGCUACGAGCUGCUGCUCAAAGAUUAUCUGCACCGCCUGCCUGAGGACGCGCCGGACUACAGGGAUGCCCAGAAGUCUCUGGAGCUGAUCGCCACGGCAGCAGAACACUCCAACGCUGCCAUCAGGAAGAUGGAGCGGAUGAGGAAGUUGUUGAAGGUGUACGAGUUGUUGGGAGGAGAAGAAGACAUUGUUAACCCGACAAAUGAACUGAUUAAAGAAGGACACAUCCUGAAACUGUCCAACAAGAACGGGACCACGCAGGACCGAUACCUCAUACUGUUUAACGACAGGUUAUUGUACUGCGUCCCAAAAUUGCGUCUGAUUGGUCAGAAAUAUGGUGUCCGAGCUCGCAUAGAUGUGGACGGAAUGGAGCUGAAGGAGACCAGUAGUGCUGCAGUUUCUAGAACCUUCCUGGUUUCUGGUAAACAGAGAUCAUUGGAGCUGCAAGCCAGGACUGAAGAGGAGAAGAAGGACUGGAUUCAGGCCAUCCAGGCGACCAUCCAGAAACACGAGCAGACCGUGGAGACUUUCAGACACCUGAACUGUUCCCUACGAGACGAUGAGUCCACGCCACCGCACUCCCCGAGCUGUGUUGAACUCGGUAAAAGAGCUCCGACCCCGAUCAGAGAGAAGGAAGUGACUCUGUGUAUGAAGUGUCAGGAGCCGUUCAACUCUAUCACCAAGAGACGGCACCACUGCAAGGCCUGCGGACACGUGGUUUGCGGGAAGUGUUCAGAGUUUCGUGCUCGUCUUUCAUAUGACAACAACCGAACCAACCGUGUUUGUGUCGACUGCUACGCGAUGCUGGUGGGAGUGUCGCCUACACCCACCGUGCUGACCAGCAGCACCCACAGGAGGCGCUCCAUCCUUGAGAAACAGGCCUCCCUGGCAGCAGAGAACAGUGUGAUUUGUAGUUUUCUGCACCACAUGGAGAAAGGAGGCGGGCGGGGCUGGCAGAAGGCGUGGUUCGUCAUCCCUGAAAACGAGCCGUUGGUUCUCUACAUCUACGGAGCUCCACAGGACGUGAAGGCGCAGCGCAGCGUGCCUCUGAUUGGCUUCGACGUCUCCCUUCCUGAGUCAUGUGACCGCCUGGAGCGACGCCACGCCUUCAAGAUUUCCCAGAGUCACCUGACCCUGUACUUCAGCGCGGAGGGGGAGGAGCUACAGCGGCGAUGGAUGGACAUCCUGUUGAGGGCUGGCAGGGGGGAGGAGCAUCAGAUCAACCAGCCAAUAGUGGAGAGUCUGGAGGAGGAAGGGGAGGAGUUAGCAGCUGGAGUGGAGGUGGACAACACGUGAUUCUAUCUGAUGAGGACAGGAGGCGAUGAUUAAGGCGGGGUCAAUAAAUGAAUAUCAAUCUUUAUUGGACAUUCACACACACACACACACACACACACACACUGACACACACACACACACACUGACACACACACUCACUCUAUGUAUUUAAAGUUGCGUGCUUCGUCUGCAUGAUUCCUCCCCUCCGUCAUCACAACAUGGCGUCUCUCGCUCACCUUUUGUCUCACCUGAGGUGGGCGGAGCUGUAAAUUCUCACAGGAACAG